GUAUUGAAGUACGAUAAGAAUUUUAAAUUACUGCUGAAACUUGGUGAGCGGUUGAAGCCAGGCUCUGACAACAAGCACUUCUGCAAGCCGACCGACGUUGCUGUGGCCAGCAACGGGCAUUUCUUUGUCGCCGAUGGCUACUGCAACAGUCGUGUGAUGAAAUUCGAUGAGCAUGGCAAACUAAUCGCUACGUUUGGUUCUUCAAAUGGCGAAGAAGCAAUAGAGGAUGGCGAAUUUUGGAUUCCGCAUUCAUUGGCUUUAAUUGAGGAUAUGAAUUUGAUUUGUGUGGCGGAUCGAGAAAACGAACGAAUCCAGUGCUUCAGUGCCGGCCUCUCAGACGACGGACGAGCUCUGCCCACAGGAAUACUUAUCACUAAAGCUGAAAGUAUUGGACGUGUUUUCGCGAUUCGUGAAAAAGGUAGUACUCUUUGA